AUCAUGAUAUGCUAAAUUUUAUUGCAAUUGCAGAAAAUGAAUCAAAAGCUCGUAUGCGGUUUAAUUUAACUGAAAAGAUGUUAUUACCUUGUGGCCCUCCACCUGAAAGAGCUGAAGAAUAAAAAUUAAAUUUUCUGGUACCUUGAUUCUUCAUUAUUAAACAGAAAAGAGAAAAUGAUUAUUUGUGUAGGUCCGAAAGGUGUAGGUAAAACUCUACUGCUUCGGAGAUUACAGCAAGAUGACAUAUACUGUGACCCAUAUGAUGGAAUAUUUUCUACUAUACCUACAGUUGGUGUUAACAUAGUUAAAAUACAAGUUUCUAAAAAAAGAUAUGUACAGAUUAGUGAAUUAGGUGGUUCAAUGGCUGCAAUAUGGCCAAUGCAUUUUGAUGGUUGUAAAAGUGUGAUUUAUGUUAUUGAUGUUGCAAAUACGCAGCAGAUCAGUUGUGCAUGUAUUCUUCUUCUUGAAAUGUUAAAAAAUACCUAUCUACAAGAUUCCAAAUUUAUCAUCAUCUUAAAUAAAUGUGAUGUUUCUUCCUCAGUUUGUAUUUCAGAAGUAAAAUAUUUAUUGAGAUUAGAUGAUAUAUCUGCACAUGCCUUGCAAGAUAUAAAAGUUAUUGAAAGCAGUUGUCUAACUGGGAAAGGUAUAAACGAAAUAAAACAAUGGCUGAAGGAGCUACCUCAUUGACUUAAUUCAUAUCUUUGUUUUUAAAAACUGAUUAAUGAAUUCAUGUUUUUUAGUUGAAAAAUAAAUGGUAUUUAUGUCAGUAAUUUUUAGCCAAGUAACUGUUAAUUACUUCUGUUUUUAUUAUGUACUUACCAAAAAAAGUUAUGCAUUAUACAAAUAACUAACUUACUAAUAGAAUUGUAAACAUAUACUAUGUGCACUCAUUUUUGUGUUAGUAAUGUGUAAAAAAAUUUUCUGUAAAUUUCAAUUGAUCUCUGUAAGGAUCACUUCCAGAUCAGUCUCCAAAGCACUAAAUUUUGUUGUUACGUCGUGGAACUUAAAUAAAUCCUUGGAAGUUAAAUAAGAUAACAUAGAAAUGAAAAUUUUCUUUAAAUUGGCUUCUGUAAAGCCAUCUCCUACUCUUUAAUGUAACUAACCAAAGAUGUAAUAAAUAUGUACAUUAACUUUCUAAAAUGGAUGAUUUACUUUAAUAUUUUGUGCUUUAUUAUUAGUAAUACUGAUUUUUUUUUUUUUAAAUCAUUCAAUAAAAUUUCAAAUGUAGCA